AUGUGUUCUCUCAGUGCAGCAAAUGCCAGGUUCUGCCUGGACUUUUUCAGAGAGCUAAACAAAAGAAAAAGAAAUGAAAACAUCUUCUUCUCCCCACUAAGUCUGUCAGCUGCCUUCGGAAUGGUUGUCCUCGGGGCCAGGGGCAGCACACUUGAGCAGAUUGAGAAGGUCUUUCAUUUCAGAGAAGUUUUGAGCAGUACGAGACAGGAAAACAGAUACCCUUCUGAGAAGGCUUUGUUGGCUGAAGUCAGUGAACCUGGACCAGGCUGUUGUCUCACCAUUGCCAACAGGCUCUUUGGAGAAAUUACUUAUCCAUUCUUCCAGCAAUACUUGGAUUCCAUGAAGAAAUUCUAUCGAGCAGAGCUGGAACCAGUAAAUUUUAAAUACACUGAAGAAGAAGUCAGAGAAAAAAUUAACUUCUGGGUUGAAAAUGAGACAAAAGGUAAAAUCAAAGACCUAUUUGCUGCUGGUUUUAUUGAUCCCUCUACUGUACUUGUCCUGGUCAAUGCUAUAUAUUUUAAAGGAAAGUGGGCAGUAGAAUUUAAGAAAGAAGACACUAAGGAAAUGUAUUUCCACCUGAACAAGAAUGAGAGAAGGAAAGUGCAGAUGAUGUUUCAAGAAGGAUAUUUUAACAUGGCCAUCAUAGAGGAACUGAAAACAAAAGUCAUAGAGCUCCAAUAUUACAAUAAUGAACUGAGUAUGUUCAUUCUUCUUCCCGAAGAUGACUGUGAGGACUUUACAGGCCUAGAACAGCUUGAAUGUGCCCUCACCUAUGAAAAACUCACAGAAUGGACCAGCUUGGCUACGAUGCAACCACUAAGAGUGAAGCUGUACCUGCCCCAGUUCAAGAUGGAGGAAAGUUAUGUUCUCAACAACACUCUCCAGGAGAUGGGAGUAAUGAAUGUUUUUGCCUGGGGAAAAGCUGAUUUGUCAGGAAUCUCUAUGAAAGAUGGCUUGGUUGUGUCCAAGGCCAUUCAGAAGACAAUCGUGGAAGUCAAUGAAGAGGGCACUGAAGCAGGUUGUUCCAUGGAGCUUCUUGCAAUGCCUCUGUGUUGCCCAGUAACUUAUGAGUUCAAAGCUGACCAUCCAUUCCUCUUCUUCAUCAGACACAACCAAACCAACAGCAUUCUCUUCUUUGGAAUCAUAUUUCUGUUUGCUUUAGGUAACGCUGAUUUCACAAUGGGCUCCAUCAGUGCAGCAAAUGCAGAAUUUUGUUUUGAUGUAUUCAAAGAGGUGAAAAUUCACCAUCCCAAUGACAACAUCUUUUACUGCCCCCUGAGCAUGAUUGCAGCCUUGGCCAUGGUCUAUCUGGGAGCAAGAAAUAACACUGAGCAUCAAAUGGAGAAGGUUCUUCAUUUUGACAAAAUUGCAGGACUUGGAAGUAUCCAGACCAAGUGUGGCAAGUCUGUGAAUAUCCACCUACUGUUUAAAGAAAUUCUCUCUGAUAUCACUGCACCAGAAGCCAAUUAUUCACUGCACAUUGCCAACAGACUCUAUGCUGAAAAGACAAGUCAGAUCCUACCGAUCUACUUAAAAUGUGUGAAGAAACUGUACAGAUCUGGUCUAGAAACGGUCAACUUCAAAACAGCAUCAAGUCAAGCCAGACAGCGCAUUAAUUCCUGGGUGAAAAAUCAGACAAAUGGACAGAUCCGGGAUUUCCUUGAACCAAGCUCUGCUAAUCCUCAGACUGUGCUGCUCCUUGUGAACGCCAUUUACUUCAAAGGGAAAUGGAAGACUGCAUUUAAAGAAGAACACACUCAGAAAGUGCCCUUCAAUGUGACAGAGCAAGAGAGCAGACCCGUGCAAAUGAUGUAUCAGAACAGCACCUUCAAAGUGGCAAGAGUGGCUGAAGACAAAAUUAAGAUCCUGGAGCUUCCAUAUGCCAGUGGAGAGCUGAGCCUGUUGGUGCUGCUGCCUGAUGACAUCUCUGGCCUGGCACAGCUUGAGAGCAAAAUCAGCUUUGAAAAACUUGCAGAGUGGACCAGUUCCAAGGUGAUGGAAAAGAAGAGGGUGAGAGUGUACCUCCCACGCAUGAAGAUUGAGCAGAAAUACAACCUCACAUCUGUCUUGACAUCCCUGGGUAUGACCGACCUGUUCAGCCCCAGGGCCAACCUCUCUGGCAUCUCUUCAGCAGAGGGCCUGAGGAUAUCUGAGGCCAUCCACGAGGCAUACAUGGAAGUCACUGAAGAGGGCACUGAGGAGGCUGGGUCAGCAGAAGACACAGAAGACAUCCAACAUUCCUCUGAGUUUGAAGAGUUCAGGGCUGACCAUCCAUUCCUUUUUUUGAUCAAACACAAUCCAAGCAACCUGAUCCUCUUCUUUGGUAGAUACUGCUCUCCCUAAGGAGAAAAAGGGCUGGAAAUAAUGCUUGCCUACCCCUAAGAAACAGACCCCCUUUACUCUAGUAUUGUAGUAUAAUCUCAUCUCUUCUAUAUUUUCUGCAAGUGGAAGGGCUACUCUAAGUCAUUCCCUUUCCUGAAGCUUCCAGUGCAAAGGCACCUGCAGAUGAGGUAACAGCAACAAGUGUGUUUACUCCUUUCCCUUCUCAGACUGGUUCCAGUAUUGAUUGAACCAAGCUAUGACUAAGCCCACAGAAAACAGAGGCCCUCACAGGCCAGGAAAGGGUCAAAUUAUUUUCACUUGAAGAAGUAGUUGCAUACGAGGCUCCAAGUCUUUGUUAUUCCUUUACAUGGAAAGCCAUGGGCUAUGCUCAUCCCAUUCCCUGGUAUCCUGCUAACAAACCCAUGCAGUUUCCAAAACACUGGUUUUGAGAUUCCCAGUCUGGAGAAGAUGCUUGUGGACAAGAUUCUGCUAUUCAGGGUAUUAACCCUACGUAAUAUUUUUUUUUAUUUUUACUUGGUGCACAUAACCACUAUGACCAGAGCAGUCCUCUCACCUUGAGUACCUCAUGCAAUACUGAAGUUCUUUCAGAGGUUCUCCAAAGUCAUGGAGAAUUUCCCUUCAACUUCAGAAUGUUCAAGAAGAUCUAACUUUGUCUAGGUGCAGUUAUGUCUUGUCACAGAAUAUAGAUUCAAAGCCUGAAACAUCUGGAUAUCUGGAUGAUCUGGAUGAUCCAGGACUCUUUUGCCAAGCAAAAUAAUUGCCUGAAUUAUUGCUUAAAACAUUGGAAGUCACUUCAAGUUUGAGACCAUUUUGAU